AUGGCUUCUAGACGGGCUUAUCAUGCCGGGUCGUGGUACUCUGAUAAUAGUCGGACCUUGACAACUCAACUGGAUGGCUGGCUAGCGCAGGUGCCGGACACCUUGGACAAUGUGGGCUCACUUCCAGUCUCGGGGGCCCGCAUCAUCAUUGCACCACAUGCAGGUUAUUCCUACUCAGGGCCAUGUGCAGCCUAUGCAUACAAGGCACUCGACCUGUCGAGGGCGAAACGCAUCUUCAUCCUAGGUCCAUCUCACCAUUAUUCCCUUUCAACCCUGGCCCUCCCGCAGGUCAAAUCCUACUAUACCCCGCUCUCGAAGGACCCUCUCCCACUAGAUACGGAGCUGAUCGCCAAGCUCCAUAGCACACAGGCAAGAAAGCCAGAUGGAUCCAAAGUCAGUUUUAAGACCAUGACCCAGUCUGUCGAUGAAGAAGAACACAGCAUCGAGAUGCAUCUGCCCUACAUCCACCGUCUUCUUCAGCUGCAACACCCAGAGACCCCAACGGCCCAAUACCCACCGCUAGUCCCGAUAAUGGUUGGUAGUACCUCAGCAUCUACGGAACAAGCCUUUGGAACACUCUUAGCUCCUUAUCUGGAAGACCCAGAGAACGCAUUCGUUAUCAGCUCAGAUUUCUGCCACUGGGGCCUCCGUUUCCGCUACACAUACUAUGUCCCGCAGGCCCCAAAGCCAGGACCCGCGCUUCCUCUAUCCAGUGACACACUCCCACAGCCAGGGCAGGAACCUGCUGACGUUUCUGAGGAGAUCGAAUCCGUCUGUGUGGGGCAUGGUCUGCAGCGCGGAGAUUGCGUCUCUAGUAAAGAGCCGGCGAUUCACGAGAGUAUCUCAGCCUUCGACCUGGCUACCAUGUCAGCGAUUACUACUGGGUCAGCGAGCAAAUUCCUGGAUACGAUCGAACGCACCGGAAAUACGGUCUGCGGUCGCCAUCCGAUCGGUGUUAUCAUGGCCGCCCUGGAGGUGGUAACAGCAGAUCGACCGGAAGGGAAGCAAGGCCUGUUCCAUUUUCUAAGGUACGAGCGUAGCUCAGAUGCGGUGGAUGUGAACGACAGCUCCGUGAGCUAUGUUUCGGCAUUUGCGGCUCUCUAG